AUGGCCUUCAAGCCAUGGAAAGCUUUGCCAGGCAAAGGCGUCUUGCUUUCGCUCAACCUCUUCAGUGCAGUCGCCCUCAUCUACGAAGGUUACAAUCAAGGAGUCUACGGCGCUGUCUCCGGUACACCUGCCUUCAUCGACAUGGCAAAGAUCGGAGCUAACGGGGUUGUUACCAAUUCCACAAAGCAAGGUGGACUUGCGGCCGCCUACUACUUUGGCGCUAUCUGGGGUGCCUUCAUCGGUGGCCAUCUUGGUGACAAGUACGGUCGAAAGGCAGGGGCUUUCAUGGGUGCUCUCGCGUCCUUGAUCGGCUCCGCCCUUCAAGCCGGCUCUGUCAACGCCAACAUGUUUAUCUGCGCCCGCGUCAUCUCAGGUCUCGGCAUUGGAUUCGUCAACGUCCUCAUUCCCUCUUGGGUCUCGGAGCUUUCGGAAGCUCAUGACCGUGGUUCCACUUUCUCGUUGGUCUUCGUCUCCAACUUCUUGGGAAUCUUCAUCGCGAACUGGAUCAACUUUGGCAUCCGAAACAGCGGCCUCGAGUUCCGAUGGCGGUUCCCUCUUGGAUUCAUGUGCAUUCCGAUGUUGAUCGUCCUCGUCACGAUCGUCUUCCUUCCUGAGUCGCCACGCUGGCUCAUGGCCAAUCACCGCAAAGAAGAAGCCAUCGAGAUCUUGUGCAAGAUCCGUGGAGACAAGGACGUCAACGACCCCUCAGUCCGCGAAGAGCUCGAGCAGCUUGAAGCUAUUGUCGAAGCAUCUCAUCACAAGCGUAACAAGUACAUCAACAUCACACUCGGCGGCAGAUAUUCCGGCAAGCUGCACCUUGGGCGUCGCGCCGUGCUGGGUUUGGCGCUGCAGCAGAUUCAACAGUGGACUGGCAUAUUGGUCAUGGUCUCGUGGGCCGCGAAGCUUUUCGAACUUGCUGGAUUCAGUGCUUACAAGGCAUCCUGGCUGUCCGGCUUGCUCAACACUUUCGGUGUUAUUGGUACGGCAGCAGCUGCCCUGGUCAUCGAUCGACUUGGCCGCCGCAAGUCUCUCCAAAUCUCGUUCGCCAUCCAGGGAGUAUCUCUGUUCCUGGUCGCCGCACUGAUCAAGACCUCCCAAGAUCGUCUUGUCUCCGAUCCGAACUUCUCGCAAACUGUGGGAACUGCUGGAUCAGCUUUCACCUUCACAUUUGUCUUCUUCUUCUGCAUGUUCAACAUUGUGCCUUGCUGGAUCUAUGGCACUGAGAUCUGGCCGCAGGAGGUUCGUGCAAAGGGAUACUCCUACACUAUCCUUGGAUGGGCCAUUGGCUGCGGUACGACAACAUUCGUCAUCCCCAUUAUGCUCGCCAACAUUGGGUGGUGGUCGUUCAUCUUCUUUGGUUGCAUGAACUUUGUUGUGAUGCCCAUCAUCCACUUCUUCUACCCCGAAACUGCGCGACGCAGUCUCGAAGAGGUUGAUCUGCUCUUCGCCUCAGACAGCCUGCUGGCCAGCAAGAACAUGGCUGAACACGACCGACGCGUGGACGAGGCUGGUGGCAAUGUUGCUGUUGCUGCACGGAGACUGCUCGACGAGGUCAACGGCGAGACUCAUUUGGAUCCCAGACGGGUGUCGAUUACUGGCGAAUUCGGUGAAGGUAAAUCAGCCGCAUCUGACAUGGAGCACUCCGAAAUUUCGGCGAAUGGUGAAAAGCAGAUCUAG